UCACGGCUCAUCCCCCAAAUCCCUCCCCAACUUCCAUUUGCGGAAACGGGAAGGCACGAGCGAAAGCGGAGAGAGAGACUCGCGCGGUCCUGCCCUGCGCUGCCCGCCCGGGAUUCCAGAAGCUUCUAGGGAGCACUGUAGCAGCCGAGCGCCGGGGGCGGGUCUGUAGCGGGGCGUGCUCCUGCGGCCGCGGGCGAGAUCGAGGAGCCGAGGAGCUCGCGAAUCGGGGGCGGCGGAGGCGGAGGCGGAGGCGGAGCGCAAUGCCGCGCCGGCGGCGGUAGGGAUGGCGUCGGCGGAGACGGCGGAGACGGCGGCGACAUGGCGAGGGGCAUAGCGCGGGCGGCGUCGUUCGGCGGCCGCGCGACGGCGGCGGGGUGGUUCUCGUACCGGCGCAUCACCGUGGCCGUCUGCCUCGCCAACCUCGUCGCCGCGCUGCUCGUGCUCCGCUCCCUCACCUCCUUCGCCCCCGCGCCCAAACGUGUUGAGGUGGUGCAGUACACGGAGGAGCAGAUUAGGAGGGUGGAGGAGUCGAUCCGGAUUCGCCGCGAGGCCGAGCCCGUCGAGCUCGUCCAGGCGGUGAAGAAGCUGAGGAAGGUUUUCGCACGGGAGGAGAAGAGGCGGAAGGAGCUGCCUCUGGAGCUGAAGCUGAGGGUAUCGUAUGAGCUUGUGGGCCGGCUGAAUGACCUAGGGGAUAACGGCAGUGCCAUCCAGCAACGAGAAGCUUUGGAAUCAUGGCGUGUUGAGACGCUAAAAGAUGCAAAAAGUGCAUCCACUCGGAAUUCAUCAAAUUUGGGCCUCUCCAGUGAGGAAGCACGAUUGUUAAAGCGAGGCCUGGAGUUCAACUGGCAUGCACUAUUGGAGGAUAUUGGUCUGUGGAUUUCACCAGAAGUCCCACACACCGAGCAUGAUGACAAACCUGCGAAUGAACCAGAAGAAGAAGAAAUAAUAGCUGGUCCACCUUUGCGUCCUCAAUGCAACACUGAGCUACAUGCCGAUUAUGGUGGCGCUGCUGUGAAAUGGGGCUUAACGCACCACAAAGAAUCUGCUGCUGAUUGUUGUCAAGCAUGUCUAGACCAGGCUAGGAAUGCCAAGCCAGGUGAAUUGAAGUGCAAUAUAUGGGUAUAUUGCCCAUCAGAGUUUGGCUGCUAUUCACCAGAUAAAUAUGAGCAUAAACAUCAGGAGUGUUGGUUGAAACAGGCUGACCAGCCUAAACUGAACUUCAAAGACAAGUAUUCGGAGUCCUACAGAGAUUCUCAUCCGAGGGCCCCCGUUGUUGUGCCCUGGAUGUCAGGUGUCACCAGCGCAUGAGCAGCUCGUUCAGAGACUGGGAGAUUUGCACUGACAAACCUUCAUAUACCAAUUCUUUCAUUUGCCACACACCGUUUUGUUUUCCUUGGUGUAUAUGAUGUAAAACUUAGAUUAGACGAUUUGAUGAUAGCAAAAGGCUCCUUUGAGCAGGCUUGUUGAGGUGCAGGGGCCAAGGGACGUGGUGUGGAUGAACUAAAUCCAAUGAUGAUUCAGCUCACGGCCACCUCCCACUUUUCCACUCUAGUUGGUUUUCUGUGUUAUCAGCGUGUUAAUCACGGAGCUCCUGUGCUGUUUUCAUGUAAAAUGCAUUGCCAGGCACAUAUGAACAUGGGCUUGCGAGUUCACACACGAAAGCUAUAAAGAGAAAUCUUGGAUGCA